UUACACUACCACCUGCCGAUUUCUUAGUCUUUCGAAGCCUAGUAAAGUGGUCGAUAGCCCCUCAGGUGUAUCUGAAAUAUCAAGCGACGUUGUGGCCUGAACAAUACAUUCAGUUGGUCGCCAAUCCAUAUCUUGUCGUCGACUCCAAGAGGACAUGUCGGCACGAGGCGCUCGCAGUCGCAAGGUACAACAGAAAGAAGUUGAGAAAAAGGAAAAGAAAGUUGCUGUAAAAGGAAAGGUCCCGGAAACCACACAUGAAAGCCGAGAUGCGUUUGCGGAAUGGCGCCCACCACCAAAUUCCAGCAAUUCGAGAAGUGGCAUAACACGUUCCUUCACAGUAUCCAGCAACAACAGUCAUACCACAUCUCGGAGUAGUUCUACGCACGAUGGGGGCAAUAGUAGCAGACCACGACUAGCCACCCUUCCGUCUGACGUCUCUUCUGGAUCCCGACCUCCACCAACGAAGUCAUCAAAGGCGGAGUCAGUCUCGGACACUUCUAUGAAAGACAAGGAGAAGACAAAAUAUCAGGCGAAGGGCAAAGACACGAAGGCGCCUCGUGGUAGAGGUGGGGGGGUACCGAUCAAGAAAACCGUCGCGCCGUCACCAGGCCCUCCUGUCUUCAGAUCUGAAUCAUCGGCGGCUUCCUACACCGUACCACAUGACCAGAAAACAUGGUUGAACUUCAAGAUAUGGGCAGAUGGAAGAGAAGAAAUGCGUCCGUACGCUGGGUUUGACUAUGAUGAAGACAUGCAACAUGGCAGCGUACUCAUAUACUUCAAAGAAGAGCAAGCAGAUGAGGACCGCCCAAUCCCCUCGAUUAGGGCAGACCUAGAAGUCCUCCAAAACUCCGGGUCUACUUGGCUGAGCAACGCCCUGCUGUAUAGUCUCAUAGAUGAUAACGACGUGGAUGACUGGGCUCUUUCGGAAACGACAAGCUCACCAUCUCAGCCUUUCUCGCCCAAUUUCCCACAGCCUGCACAACGGCGAAUGCUAGGACCCACAUCACCCGGUGGACGGUCACCACCGCCUUUCGAUAUCGAUCAAUCACAUACCAGCAUAGAUUCUCGGGCAACUUCUAGGGCUUAUCAUCCAUCCGAGACCUCUUACGGACGCCUACCUAACUCCCCGCCUCCUUUCCAGCAAGGCUUCCAACGCAAUCCAACGCACGAAAUAUGGUUUACUGCGCCUGACAACGUCAAGACACCACAGGCACAGAGACUGCACCAUGUUGCUAUCCGUAAUUUUCUGGCCAUGUUGCAUGGCAAGCCCAUAGUCGGAUCAGACGUGUAUGAUAUGCUGAGUACGCUUCAGCCUCAAAUACACGUCAUGUACGAUCUUGACACAGACACACGAUCUGGAAUGACAGCCAGAGAACGAAGCGUACAAAUGAUUGUGGAAUAUCUUGGCCGAUAUGGAAUCGACGACCUGCGCAACAACAUCCGACGAGCUCUUGGGCUUCUGGCUUGGGCAGAACAGGAUGGCGUCAGGUGGCGGCAGGGCUACCUCGAAAGCUUUGUCCAUCUAGCUGGUGUUAUGACGCCAGAAAUUGAGGAUCAUCCAGAUUUCAAGCGUGUGUCAGUAGUCACGAGACGGAAUCUUGGAUUAGCUGCGAAAACACUGCAGUUGCGCGUCAUGGAAGCAGAGGAGAAGCUGUCCACGUUUGAUUUCGGUGAUCUCUGGGAAGACAAAUUGAAGACUGCGAACAGUCCAGUCUAUCAGAGCUAUCAAUCGUUUCGCCAGUUCCUUAUUGGACAUUUCACACGCAUCUACGGCAACUGGCCGCCGACUUCCGACAAGACGUGGCUUAAUCGCAAGGUUGUGAAUGCAAUGCAAGAGGACUUUGGUUCGCUAUAUGACUACUUCGUUGAUAGGGAGGUAAUAUGGAAUCCUCGAGAAGAGCGGGCAUCUCGUAAGUGGGAGAUGGCUCACCGGAAGAACGACAACUUCAGGGCAGAUCUGCCAGAGCUGGGAAUGACAGAUAUGCUGGUCACCUAUGACGCGAAGAAUGGGUAUGCACAUAUUCCGCAUCCAUAUCCAUUACUUCCAAGAGAAGUGCCAAAGACGAGUAGAGACAAGGAGAAGAAGAGCUUUUUCUCGUCGCUGAAGAAGGAUAAGCCAAAAGAUGCCACGAAAGAUGCAAAAGCGCAACUACAGCUCUCUAUUAUCUUCAGCGAUGCGACCAAUAUUGAGAAACUGGACGUCAACUUCAAUGGAUCCACACUCAUCGACAAGUUCGAGCAAUUCGAGCUUACCACCGACCUGAAACAGAUGUCACCACGUGAAGCACGUCUCGGGCGAUGGGUACUCCUCUACGGUAUACUACAAGUCCUAUCAACCCUAUCCGUCGACGUCCAAGGCCUCAAACACACCGACGGCGUCCGCUACUUCCUCAACACCGACCUGAAGCGCAUGCCCGAGUGGGUAAGCAAUGGCCAAAUUGAGCAUCUCGAAGCCCGUCAACAACGAUCCUGGUGCUGGCAGCGCGCCUGGGACCCCAUGCCCGCGCAAUCCGCGCCUGUAGAACUCGAAGCCACAUCAACCAACACGAACGAGCGUACGAACCACCACAACCACGAAGAAACUCGCCACGCCGAGAUAUCCGCUCACAAUUUCCCCAGUCCACCGCCCCAACACGCACUUCCACCACCCCCACCGACCGCAGUAUCGCACAAUCUCGACGGCGCAACACUAAUGCAAAACGACAUCCGUCGUCUCGGCGAGAAAAUUAAUAACCUCUCCCUCUCCCACAAUGCAGGCGUGCAUUUCCGACAAGAAUUCGAGCGGCGGCGCGAAAACGAAAAGGUCAUUCAAGAUGAAUUCCACGACCGGAAACCACGCUUACAAGGCGAGACCUUUGGACCGAGGGCAGCCCGCGAUCAAGUCAUCAACAACGGCCAUAACAUCACCAGCAUCAACAGAAAUGACACAUACUCCUCACCCCGCCUAGACUCCCUCUCUUUACCCCCUAUCUCACACACGCACCCAACAUCCCGCCCCCGUUCCCGGGACCGCAACCGCGACCACCCCUCCCAACGAAGCAACUCCCGCAUGGACGCCACUUUCCUGCUCACAGACUCGGAUUACUCGACCCCCAGCCACCAUACCAACGACUUCAUAGACCGGCAACAAGCUUCGCUCCUCCCACCACCACCACUAUCCCUAAAUCCGAACACACGUAGUCAUACAACUAGUCUAAACACGGAUCUAGGCAGCUACCCCUUCAGUGGCGGGGAGAAUGAGAGUGAGAGUGAGAUGCAGUGGCCGGUUCCGCCGGGGUAUAAUGAGAGUAUGAGGGGCGGGGAUAGGGAUAGGGAGAGUACGGUUUUGGGUGAUGGGUAUCGGGUUAUGAAUUUUGAAGACGAGGAUUUUGGGGGGAGAGAUGGUGGGAGGAAUUCGAAUGCGAAUGCGGCUGUGAGGAGAGCUGCGAGACGGGUGAGGGAGAGGGGUACGUGGGAUACUUGAGACUGGGAUUGGGUCGGAGACACUGUGGUUUAGGAUGGACCAGGGGGCUGUAAGGUUUGAGUUUGGUGGAAAGAAAGGAAAGUUUGGCAUGGUAUCGCAUGGACUUGGUUGGGCCUUUCGUGUUUGGAUAUACCCUUUUUGCUUUCGUUUGUGUUAUUCUAUCAAUGGGUUAGGAGAUGGAACAAAACUAAAAGGUCGUGUGUGGGAA